CGGUUCCGCCUGUAGGAGUCCGAGGUGGGAGAACCGUGGUGGUCUGAGUCAUAUCCCCGCGCCGCACGUGGAUCCUGGCGUCCUGGUGGCUGGAGCGAUGGCCGAGCUGGACCGCGUAGUAAAGCCCAAAACAAAACGGGCGAAGAGAUUCCUUGAGAAGAGAGAGCCUAAACUCAAUGAAAAUGUUAAAAAUGCCAUGCUUAUUAAAGGAGGAAAUGCAAAUACAACAAUUACUCAAGUACUCAGAGAUAUGUAUGCUUUGAAGAAACCUUAUAGUGUUUUAUAUAAAAAAAAAAACAUUACCAGACCUUUUGAGGACCAGACAUCACUGGAAUUUUUUUCAAAGAAGUCAGACUGCUCCUUAUUCAUGUUUGGGUCUCAUAAUAAGAAGCGACCAAAUAAUCUCAUAGUAGGUCGUAUGUAUGAUUAUCACAUCCUGGAUAUGAUUGAGUUAGGUAUUGAAAAGUUUGUCUCACUUAAAGAUAUUAAGAACAGCAAGUGCCCUGAGGGAACAAAACCCAUGUUGAUAUUUGCUGGUGAUGCUUUUGAUGUAAGUGAAGACUAUAGGAGAUUGAAAAGUCUUCUUAUUGAUUUCUUCAGAGGCCCAACGGUGCCAAAUGUUCGUCUCGCUGGUUUAGAGUACGUCUUGCAUUUCACUGCAUUGGAUGGGAAGAUUUAUUUUCGGACCUAUAAAUUAUUGUUGAAGAAAUCUGGUUGCAGAACACCACGAAUUGAAUUGGAAGAAAUGGGACCAUCGUUGGAUCUGAUCAUGAGGAGAACCUAUUUGGCAUCAGAUGAUCUUUAUAAGUUAUCCAUGAAAUUGCCUAAAGCCCUAAAGCCAAAGAAGAAGAAAAAUAUCUCCCAUGAUACUUUUGGUACAACUUAUGGCAGAAUUCACAUGCAGAAACAAGAUCUGAGUAAACUGCAAACAAGGAAAAUGAAGGGGUUGAAGAAAAGACCUGCAGAAAAGUUAAAUGAUAAUGAAGAAAAUAAAUCUAAGAAAAUUAAGAGGAGAAAAAUUGAUUAAAUUUAGUCUCCAGUUGGAUGUUCUUAUAUUUUACAGGAAAGAAUUGUCAGAUGUAAACAACACUAUAAAAUCUGUCACAUGGA